GUUCUGUGUUUCAAUAAAGUUGCAGAGCUUUGAAUCAUCAUGGCGUCCUUCAUGGUUCCUGCUGCUGUCAGGUCUUCUGUAAUGUUUUUGUCAACAAAACGACCUCAGCUCGUAAAGAAAAUCUUCCUUCUGUCACGCAGUUGCACCACAGGAGGUGUUUCUGACUCCGGUGACAUCGUGGGCCACUUUGAGCGGCUUGUUCAACGUGGUUCCCUUACGACAGACGCUCAGCAGAGAUAUGUUCUCCAGAGGCUGGCUGUGCUGCAGCAAAACCUAAAGACCUACAGUAACAGCUUUGACCUGAACACCCAGCAGCGUACAGACCAUGUAUCAGACCAAACGGUGAAAUUACAGCUUUAUUCAGCGCAGUCAGUAGUUACGGCUGUCGACGCAGGGAUCCACCGAAGGAAACAAAGCCUGCCGAAGCGAAGACUAGGGAAAAUGUUCACCUAUGACCCCAUAUCCCCGGUUGCCAUGGAGAUCAGCAGAGAGAUCUCCCUGUUGUGUUUUGAUGAGUUUCAGGUGAGGAAAUGCAUUGCAGAUAUUGUUUUAAGGGGGGAUCACCAGAUUCGGACUGGUUCUCUGGUGGUUUUGUUCAGUCCGGUUGGCAGCGUGCUGCUGCUGCCGGACAUGAAGGCUGGUGGUGGGAAACAUUGCUCUUCGGCUGUGGUUAUUACCCGGUUUGGCUCAUGGCUCCAGACCGGUGGGGUUCAAGCUGUGGGUCUCCACCUGCGCAACUGUUUGAAACUCUGUUCAAAACCGGUGUGGUGGUGGUGGCCACCUCUAACAGACCCCCCGACGGAAUACUGUCACACCGUCUGCCUGGACUCUGGGACUGACUACAGGAGGCUGGACAGGCCUGGAGCUGGAAAACUCUACUACCUCUCGGGGGAGCCCGGAGCAGAGGCUUACCUGGACACACUCUUUGAGGAGAUGUCAAUAAGACAGAGAAGUGUUAUAGGUCCUCGUGUGCUCACUGUGCUGGGCAGAGAUGUGAUACUACAGAAGACAUGUGGCUCCAUCGCUGACUGUACUUUUGAUGAGCUGUGUGGUAAACCAAUGGGUGCGAGCGAUUACCUGGAGAUGGCCCGGAUCUUUGACACCGUGUUCAUCCGCCAUGUUCCCAUCCUGACUCUGACUCUGAAGGACCAGGCCAGGCGCUUCACCACCCUCAUAGACAACUUCUAUGACAAAAAGGUGAGAGUGGUGCUUCUGGCAGCAGCUCCAUUAGACCGGCUCUUCGUUCAUACUGGAGGAGAAGAUGAGAGAGAUCGACAGCUGCUGGAUGACCUGGGCCUCACUGAUGAUGCAGCAGAGAGACUCACUCUGUUCACAGCUGAGGAGGAGAUCUUUGCCUUCCAAAGGACCAUCUCUCGGCUGAUGGAGAUGCAGACUGAGACUUACUGGGUGGAGGGAGAUCGCAGUUACAGCAGUAGACACUUGAACAGUUAACCAGUGGAGCUUACUGCUUUGUUUAGAAACUACCUCCUUACAGCACGGUUCCUCACUAACCAGCCACACACCUUAAGGAAAAAAAAUAUUUUUAUAUUUUUUCAUUCAUACAGCAUGAUCCAUGGUCCUUAAGGGCCAAUGUCUUGCAUAUUUUUAGAUUAUUCCCAUUAGGAACACGAGGUUGUGCAGAUGUAAAUGUCAUCCUGAGGAGGUAAUUCAGCAGUUUAAAUCGGCUGUUAAAUUGGCUAAAAUGUUGCAACCAACAUAAAGUAGUUUCUCCUUUUUUCAGAGGCCUUCCAGUGUUUUGCAUGAAAUGAAUAUAUCCUGCAAGAUCUGCUUUCUCCCCCUUGUGGACUGGUGAUUUAAAAGAUAAACAGCCUUCCAGGGAGCAUAGCCCACUGAGGACCAAACAUCCUCUUUCUGCAGUUGUUUAGUGCCCUCUAGUGGUUGAAUGAUUUUAAGACCUUUUUUUUUUUUUUUAACUUUUAUUUAAAAUGUUUGAAUCUGUAUUUUGCUUAAAAUAAUAAA